AUGUAUGGCGGCAGAAAUCAUGCCGAGUUCAUCAACGAAAGGGUUGACAACAGGUUCAUCAAUAUCGCCGGCCGGGUGUCGUUGACGUUUCGGGCUUCAAGAGCAAUCAACUUGGCGAAUUUCUGCUUGCCAGCAGGAAUGUCGGAGGAGGUAUCCCGUUUCUGUAUGGUUCUCAAAAACGGGUCCAACAAAGCGUAUGCAGCGUUGGCGAUGUAUAUUCUUCCCGCGGCUGGGUUCGCUGAGAAAAUCCCACCGCGCUUGCUUAGUUGGCUGAAACAGCCAUGGGCACUUUACGGCCCAUCUUUGUGGGUUGCCACCAAGGUCAAGGCCCGUACGGCAAUCAGUAGCAAGGCCGCCCGUAGAAUGGCAAUAGUCAGAAGGCAGGUGGCGAUGGUGGUAACCGUGGUGUGCAGAACACCAAAGGAGGAGGUGGUCAGUAACAUCAGUUGA